GAUAGAUAGAUAGAUAGAUAGAUAGAUUAUUUUCAAAUUGUGGAUGGUUGAACAUGUGGAUAAAGAAUCUGUGGGUAUGGAGGGCCAACUGUAUUUUAUUUAUGCCGAAUUAAUUCUCUGAAAAGGUUUCAGUGAUGUCUGUGGAGUGAGAGAGGGCAAGUUCAGUUUGAACUCAAGACACCCCCCACAUCCCCCCACUGCAGGCUUAGAGCACCCAUUUCCUUCCUAGGAACCCAUUGCUGUGACUGCAUUGUGGCUUUAUCUGCUGCCUACCAGCUCUGGCAGAUAUGGUCUGUUUCAGUACAUGUUAUCAUCUGCUCCACACAGAUGUUUUAGCAAUAAUAAACCCACUGGAAGUGAGCCAGCUUCCCCCUUGACUCAUUUGUCUAGUACCCCAUGCAAUCUCUCUUGUAGCGCACUUUCAAAUUUGAGGUGGGGAUUGACAACCGCGGCUUCUCUGUCCACAAUGGAAAAAUUAUAUGGUCACAAUUCUACAACAAACAAAGACCUGGAAGAUGCAUUGAGGCAUCCCAUGGGGAUGGCAGGCCUUGGGAACAUAACUGAAAGCUGCGGAGCCAACUUGGACAGCUUCCAAGAACAAAUAUGGCCCAUCCUGUUAGUGCAGUUCAUUCUGGCUGUGGUGGGGAACGGCCUUGCUAUCUACCGCUUCCUGACUUAUGAACGAAAGUGGAACACUUGCAUCAUCUACUGCUUCAAUCUGGCUGUCAGUGACCUGCUCUAUGCCAUCUCCUUGUUCCCCAUGAUACUUUAUUACUUCCCACCCAAGGAUUGGACAUACGGUCCUGUUCUCUGCGCACUGACCCGUUUCUUUUUCUUCUGUAACCUUUAUGGCAGCACUUUUUUCAUUGCUUGCAUCAGCCUGAACCGUUACAUUGCCAUCGUCCACCCCAUCUUUGCCCAGGUCCACAUCAGGCUCCAUCAUGCCAAGUUCCUCAGUGGGACGGUGUGGUUGUUGGUGGUUAUGAUCUCCAUUCCAGUUCUCCGUUUUUCCACCCUGAAUCAUGUCUCUCAAAAUAACACCAACAGAACCCAAUGCUUGGGCACUGCUUCCAGGGAGCAGCUACCAAAGUAUUGGCCUUAUAGCUUGUUCCUCAUGGUCUUUGGGUUUGGGCUGCCAUUUAUACUGACCUGUGUCUCCUGUGGAGUAAUUAUUUACACAAUUCACCACAAUCACAACAUCCCUGUGGUGAAAAAGCGCAAAGUGAAGAUACUGGUUUCUUUGGUGGUGGUCCUCUAUCUCAUUUUCUACCUGCCCUUCCAUGCUGUACAAAAUCUGUAUCUCAGCCACCGUAUGCAUAACAGAGAAGACUGUGACUGGCCUAUACACACAGCCUUCCAGCUAGCUAAGAUCUUGGUCCACUUUCACAUCUGCAUCCAUCCACUGGUCUAUGCUGCUCAGAUGAACAGCAUUCAGAAAUAUCACUGCAGUUUUUUCUGCUGGCACAGAGAGAGAGAGAAGGAAGAGAAAAAGGUGGAACUUAGGUUGUGGAACCAGCUCCUUCCUCAGGACCACAAAGACUUGUGAUGGUGGCAUUCUUUUCUGUUGGCAGGUCAUAGCAUUCACAGAAAUUAGCUCUAGGAUGCUGUGGUAAUGAGGAGAGGUUGUGGGAUGAAGCAAUGAUGUGAGAAAUGGCAAUUGCUGCAGUUAGGUCAAGAUUCUACAAUGACAUUAUUGUGUAGUGUGUGCAGAGUUACUCCUUAAGAAUGGCAUCCUGUUAGCAACAUAUACAAGUGUAAGGCCACUUUACCUUUGUGUAUGUCUCUUUAGUUGCUGCUGUUGUGCAAGUUGGUGCGU